AUGGCCGUCGCCGUGGUAGACUGGGUAACCAGGCACUGCGAUGGCGUUGAGGGCGAGGGCGUUGAGGUCGAAGGCGAGGUUUGGUGGAAUCUCUGGUCGGCUUUGAGCCAGCACGCAGUCUCGCUUUCAUGGAGCCAUGACCGGACUCCGGCUUUUUGGAAGCGAAAAGGCACUCACAAAACGAUGAAAGAGCACGUUGCGACGUUGUGGAAGAGAAAUCAUAGUGACCAAGAUGUGAUUGCAAAGGUACAUAUGCGUCUCAUGCUCGCUUCCUUCAACAAGCCAGGCAAUCGAAGCACCAUCUGCCUCCUCCCUGUCCUCCAAGCCGCCAUCAAUCUGCGAAGUUCCGGAGAUGUCAGUCACAAGGUCAUGCGACGCUCAAGAACAAGACGGGGGAAGUGCAAGGAACCGCUCAGAUAUCUGUUCAUCGCCUCGAUCGAGCAACCAAUCGAGCAACCAGUGUCGAACAUCCAGCCCAGCCCCACCAUCCAAGCGCCAUCAAAGAUUAGCAUCGCUGGUUGA